AUGGGAGGACAAGUUUUUGCCAAAAUAUCAAGUAAGUUUUUUUUAUUCAUAUCGCUUCGUCUUAAAUGUUUUACCAGAUGCAACCCUUAUACUCCAAUGGACUUGAGCAAAGUUAGGGACAUUUGGUUCAAACAUCAACAUUGAUGUUUUUAUUGUAGGGAAUUUGCAAAAUUUUAUGGGAGCACUGGCCUUUGUUUUAACUGAAAUGUGCUUCUGGAAGUCAUCGCUAACUUGAGGAAGCUUAUGGUGAACAUUUGGUCUGAGAAAGAGCAUUCAAAAAUUUAGUAGAAUGCUUAAAAGUAUUGAUUUCGACGCAGAAGAUGGGGAACGUUCCAGACGGCUGAAAAGUAUGAAUAUGAAGAACUGGAAACGCUAACCGAUCACGACUCAUGUCAGACGCCUGAAGAAACGGUGAAAGUAUUAGGAGUCGAUAGAUCCACUGUUGGAAAACGUCUACAUGCAUUGGGAAUGACACAGAAACCAAAAACUGAGUGCUGCAUGAAUUAGCUAGAAGACAAGAAAAGCCUAAGACUGCAUGUGAAUUCUUGCUUUUAAGGGAUUCAUUUUUGCAUGCAAUCACGACUGGUGACGAAAAAUGGAUUUUAUUGCGGUAAUCCUAAACGUUAACACCUUGGAUGACGCCAUCAACAUCAACGACAAAGCAGAACGUUCAAGAAGCAAAGUUGCGUUAUGUAUUUGGUGGGCCCAAAUGAGUGGUGUAUUAUGAGUUACACAAGCCACCUGAAACUGUUACUGUUGAGCAAUAUCAACAACAGUUAACCAGUCUGACUCGAACACUGAACGCACAUAAGCUAGAGUAUGAUGGAGGAAUUAUAAGGUGAUUAUGUAACAUGACAAUGCAAGGUCAUAUUGUUGCACGACGAGUGAAGGAAACUUUUGAAGCCCUUCAGUGGGAAGUCCUGCCGCGUCCACCGUAUGCACUGGCCAAUGCUCCACCAAAUUAUCAACAGGGCCUUGCUAGGUGGAGCUUCAGUUCCUAUCGAGAAGUGAAAAAGUGGAUCGACAAAUUACCUGUUCAAAAAGAUUGACGGCUAUUUUUACCGCAGAAUCUAUUUGUUCAUAGCUACCGACGGACAGUAGUUUGAAUAAAAUAUGAAGUGCGAUUACUCAUAGAUAAAUGCAGUUUCUUUUCAUAAAAAAAUGGCAGGAAUUCAUACCUAAACACAAUAUUACAUUUCCCAGAUCCACUGUUAGCAACUUUACUAACCAGGUAAUGAGAUUUUGGGAACGAUGCGUUACUUCCACUGCUUAAAAUUUCCUAGAAGAAAGUCGAGGAGGAAAAACUGCCUCUACUGUCAAAGAAGUUUCUCUAACAAAUGUAAGUUUCUGUUCUCAUAACCUGAAGACAUAAAAGAUGCUGUCGCCUUCACUGUGGAGUAUAAAGACAAAAAACGUCUGAUGACGUUAUUUUCAUUAGGGGUUAUAUCUAUCUCUCAAGUACUGAUGAAAUCUUGAUACGGUAACUGGGGCUUUCAUUUUAAAUCAUGCUUCCUUAUGUCAAGACGAUUAUCUUUAAUUUUGUCAUUUCGAUUGAGUCAUUCUAUCCAUGUGAUUCUGGCAAACUUCAGGCAGUCGUUUCACUAAUUCCUUUUAGCCUGCUUUCAGUGGUAACGCAUUAAAGUAAUGACCAACUAUUUGACUAUCUCAUGACUAAGCAGGCGCUGUUGUACUUAUCGGAGACAAUACUCGGCUUUGCGACAUUUCCUAUAAGAAAUAUGCUUUUGCCUUAAGGGUAUGCCUCCUGUGGCGGUCCUGACUUUUCAAGUUAUCGGGCGUCUACUGAAACGCAGUCACUGUCGGCGUGUUCUUAAGCAUAGUCUUAGAUUCCUGUUUACUCAGGAAGUCGUAGUUGUCUGGCCAGAUGGUGUCACGCCUAAUUUUGAGCUCUUGAGAAGUCGCCAAAUGUCCCAUCGUUCUGGGCUUAACGAUAAAGCAAAAGAAGCUACCUGCCUGGGUACGAUGGAAGUCGCCAGAUUGAAGGUCUUUUUUUAGGAAAGGUACCCUAAUCAAGUGUUGGGAACUCAUGUCAUCUGCACAUAGACCGUGAUUCGUAGAUACAAAAUUCGCGGCCAAAACACAACAACCAAAAACAACUACCCUGGUCCCCAUCUUCCCCGUCUCAUACCACAGGGUGCUAGGGUAAAUCCGUUCGCUCUGGCAGCCUGGAAUAUCCGUUCUCUAUUAGACAAUCAGAGCAGCAACCAUCCACAAGGGGGGACAUCGUUGCUCUCAGCGACAGCGGUCUCGUUCUCCUGAAAACCUACGCAGAACCCCGGCCUCCUUCUCACCAACACCUUCUUUCCUCUUCCAACGCGGAAGAAUGCAGCAUAGAUGUAUCCUUGAAAGCGAUGCCGGCAGCUGCUGGACUACGUUUUCGUCCGGAGACGCGGCCGACAGGACAUGUUGGAGGUAAAGACGAUCUGUGA